AUGUAUAUUAUAAACAAUGUUCAAGAAUAAAUAAUCAAUUAUAAUAACAAAUGGCAAAACUUGAUUACUUAAAAACACUCUUUGAAAUAUUUAUGCAUGAAGGCUAAAGAUGAAAUAACGUAAAUUAUUAAACAAAUUAUCUUAACAAUGUUAAUAGCAUAAAUUUAAAUAGAAAAUAAUUCAAGUUGUCCCAUUUGUUUAAAUGAAGAUCUACUUAUCAAAGGGGUUUAAUCAGAAUAAUGUAAACAUUCAUUUUGUAUUGGAUGUAUCAAUGAUUAUUGGCAACAUAAUCAAAAAAAAUAGUUAAAAUGUCCAUGUUGCAGAGCAAAAAUUAGCACUUUUGCUAAAUCUAAAAAAUUGUAGGAUCAAUUUUAAUAAGAUUGUAAUUCAUUUAUAUUAGAGUACAGACUUCGCUGCACAGUCUUAAAAUAUAAUAUCAUUUAUGUAUAUCUUAUUAAAUAUAUAAUAGCCAUUUUAGAUAAUAAUUAAUAUCUAUAAACAUUUAGGCUAACUGUUUAAUUUAUUCAAAGUUUUACUAAAAUUAUCCAUCUAAUUAUAGCUUGUAUUAUGUUUUAUAUUGUGCAUAUAUGUGUUCUCACCUAUUGAUUUAUUUCCAGAAGCAAUAUUUGGAGUUAUAGGGUUAGUGGAUGAUCUCUUAUGCAUAAUAUUUAUUAUUUGGAUACUUAUUACUCAAAUAAUGAUUAGAAUUUUUUUUUGA